AAACGUGAACACAUUGGUAUUUUUUUUCAAACUUUUCGAUUUUAGGCCGGGAAAAAGUUAUAAUCAGCGAAAUUUUGAAAUAAUUCUUCCCUGAAUGCGGAGACUGUCCUCUUUAAUAUUUUAUAGUGAUGCAUUUAUGGUUUUCUAAUGUACGGAAACCCCCAAAAGGCGAACGAACCGGUCUUUUUUUAUUCUGUUUCCACUUUUCGAUUUCAGGCCGGGCAAAAGUGAUAAUUAACGAACUGUUGUUAGUCCGUAGUGCAGACUUCCGCUUUUUCUGCAUGCUGCUGUCUGGUCUGUCUUCCGCACUGGGUCCGCGGAAGUGAAUAUUUAUGAUGUGGUUUGAGAAUUUUGGCAUACUUUGUUAUUUGACCAUAUUUUUUCAUAUUUCGCAGUAUUUCGCAGAAUUUCAUUCCUUUUCGUUUCGUUUCGUUGAUUAUAUAAUAAGCCCGUGCCUAUAUAUACUUAAUUAUGACCAGUUUCAAUAUCCAAUUAAAAAAUUAAACACCAAAGCAGGCAGAAGAGAAAUUUUGUCGUUAACUUCUUUAAUCUCUGUGCUCGCCAUUAACAUAAUUUAGUGAUGCAAAUAUAUUUACAAACUAUAUAAAAUGACUUCCUGGAACUAGAACCAAAUAAUGCAAACAAGAACUUCCACUGUAAUUCCGAAGAAUACUUUGUAAAUUCUAUGAAGUGCAGAAGUAUGUGAAAUAUUUAAAGAAAGAGAGAAGGAUUCUAUUUGACUUGGCGAGAAUAGGCACGUAAGCAUCGUGCUCGGUUGGAGAUUACCCGUAGCCGGAAACGACAAACGCAUUCAAACAUUUGACAAAGAUACUAAAAUUCAGUGACUGCAACACAACAAGAUGGAAUCGAGCAAAGCAUUGGCACUUGGUCCUGGAGCAUGCAUCAUUUUCAUUCUCCUGGUUUGUCUUUUGGCAGAUUUAGCCUAUUUACAUUUGAAGGUUUUUCAACUAGAAGACAAACUCACAACAAAGGAGCCAAUUGUGCAGUCGACGGCUUCAGAACGGGCUCAACUUUGGCUCAAAAUUCAGGCUGAAUUUGAAAGACAGCAUGCUGUACAGAUGAAAGAGGUUGAUCUAGUUGUGAGAAAACGAUCAAAACGAGAAGUCAGACAUUUUCAACAGUUCAAUUCUGAGGCCUUUUUAACUUUUUUUCUUCGAAAAGCGCUCGCAGCUGACACCAAUAUGAGGUGUCGAAAUGCUACAUUUACUUGCCGGAAAGGAGACAAAGGUGAGAGAGGUCCUGCUGGGGAACGAGGUAUUAAGGGAAAACCUGGUCCAAUAGGAAUUAAAGGUGGGAAAGGCGAGAGAGGAAUCGCAGGACCUGUUGGACCCAUUGGUCACAAGGGACAAAAAGGUGACCGCGGGGAAGCUGGAAAAUCGGUCACAAAGGCAAGGAUCAUUUCAAGGUUUCCGAGGAUAACUAAACGUCCAGAAUUGGAAAAUGUAUCGUUAACCUGUGAAGCUGAGGGUAACCCGAAGCCAAAGAUAUCAUGGAAGUUUCAAGGCAAAAAGGAUGAUGCAAGGUACUCUUACCCAAGCAGUCACACACUUCAUAUUGUUGCCAUUACAGAGAAAGAUGCAGGCAAAAUUCAAUGUAUUGCGAGCAAUAUAUUUGGAAAUGAUAUUGCUGAAACUUUACUUGAUGUUCACACGAGACCAAAAGUUUUUCUGUCUUCAGAGAAAGUUAUAGGGAAAACAGGUGUAUCUUUAAAAGUAGAUUGCCGAGUCAGUGGUAAUCCGGUACCAAAAAUCAUUUGGAAGAAAGCACAUGGCCGCAACAACGCGGAAACAAUUUUGUCACAGAAUGGCUCGACAGCUACACUCGAGUUCAAAGAACCAACAUGGAAAGAUGCAGGCUUCUAUAGCUGCUUAGGCCUCAAUAUGCUGGGAGUGGAUAAGGGAAAUUUGUUGGUAGAGAUUGCCGAGAAAACCGACUGCAGUGUGCUGAAGAGAAGGGGUCAAGACAAAGAUGGAAUUUACUGGAUUAAUCCAGAUUGGGGAAAUCAAUUCAAGGUUUACUGCGAUAUGACAACUGCUGGAGGUGGAUGGACCGUAAUCCAGCGACGAUUUGACGGAUCCGAAGAUUUUUUCAGGGAUUGGAGCGGUUACAAAUUAGGGUUUGGAAAGUUAGACCGCGAAUUUUGGCUGGGAAAUGAUAAAAUUCAUCGUUUGACAAAACGGACAGAUAUGAAGUUAAGAUUCGAACUACAGGCUAAGGACGGUGAUAAAGCUUUUGCAGAAUACCACACAUUUAUGAUCGAUGAGGAGAAAAGCAAAUACAUGGCGCAUGUUAGUGGCUACCGCGGGACAGCAGGUGACUCUUUCAGCCGGGUAAAUAAAAUGCAUUUCUCAACGAGAGACCGAGAUUACGAUACUGCUGGCCAUAGUUGUGCAAUUUCUUAUCAUGGUGCUUGGUGGUACGGUGCAUGCCAUGCCUCAAAUCUGAAUGGUAAAUACUUAAAUGGGUCACAUUCUUCUUAUGCAGACGGCAUCAACUGGCAUACCUUCAAAGGCCAUUAUGAUUCUCUAGUCAAAACUGAAAUGAAAAUCAAAGCAAAUCCUUAAUAGCAGUGACAGUGAAAAUUGUUGUUUUGUUGUCCAGUUGACCAUUUUAUUUACACCAGCAAUAUGUUAGUUGAUUCAUAA